CCCGCGUCCGCUGUGUGCUCUCUCGCUCUCUCGGUGGAAGUUGGCGACGACUGGGCGACCGCCGCCGCCGUACGCCAGGUGCUCAGGUCUCCGUCAGACCCUUCGCCAGGUCUUCUUCGGCGGCGAGCACCGCCAGGGUGUGCACCCAAUCUUCUUCACUGGGUCCUCCGCUGCUUCUAGUCACGCAUCUAAAUCCGGAGUUGCCAGCAUUCGCUUGAGGUGCCGGACCACAGCACACCAUCAUGCAGGCUAGCGAUAGGUUCAACAUAAACUCUCAGCUUGAGCAUCUUCAAGCCAAAUAUGUUGGUACAGGGCAUGCUGAUUUGUCUAGAUUUGAAUGGGCUGUAAACAUCCAGAGAGACAGUUAUGCCUCUUAUAUUGGGCACUAUCCAAUGCUAGCAUAUUUUGCCAUUGCUGAGAACGAAUCGAUCGGAAGAGAACGUUACAAUUUCAUGCAGAAAAUGCUGCUUCCUUGUGGCCUUCCUCCCGAGAGAGAUGAAGAUUGAAGAGCUAGCUGGUGCUGCAUAGUUUCUGUGUUUCCAGUGGUUCCUGUAGUGUUUGCUUUUAGCUACCAUCGUACUAUGUGCGAGCAUGCCUUUCACGUUUCUUCCUUUAGUCUCUUUUGUGAUACAUAGAACCCGUAUGUAUUGUUAACCAAAUGCUGGCCUGCCCCAUUGUUGUGUUUUUGUGGUGUGUUCAGCCAAUGUGAAA